ACGGCCGUAUCUCCUCGUGGAAGAAUAUUACUUUCGUCGCGAUCGACCAUUUCACCUCGACCACUUGCUUCUGGACAACUUCCCUCGAAAUUCACUGGUGCAAGAACGUUCAGCUUCUUUUCAGAUGGAAAUUGCAUUUCCAAUGUGAUCUGCGAUGAAACGCGUUCGCGGGCUGGACGAAGUAGCAUCACCAGCAGCAGCAACAUUAAAGCACUCGUCAGUGAGUGCAGGAAGUGGCUUAGGUGGCGGAGGAGGUGGUUUAGAGUACCAUUCAAGCAGUGGAAUAGGCGUUGUUGUACCUGGCCAAGCAGUUCGAUCAGUUACUUCGAAAGAAAUGCCGGGAAGCAUACAAUUUGGAACUGCCCAAGCUCAACAGCAAUAUACUGGAGCAAUUGUUGUACCGACCGCGGCUCCGUCCCCCAUUAAGGGAAGUGGAUCUGCAGGACUUACUUCUACAUGUAGCAGUAGCAGUGUAAAUACUGGUGGAGGAUUGCAUAGUGGGAUAGGUGGUGGGAAUAACCAUAGUAUGGGUUCUCAGCAACCUACACCAGGAACGCAAAGUCAAGUUCAUAGCCAGCAACAGCCAACAAUUAGGCAUAAGGUCCAUUCUGGCAAUGUAACACCACUAGCUUCAACCCCACCAGGCACCAGCCUAGGUGGUGGAAGCGGGUCCCAACAAUUUCAGAGAUUAAAAGUAGAAGAUGCAUUGUCUUACUUAGAUCAAGUCAAGUACAAAUUUAGCGAUCAACCGCAGGUGUAUAAUGACUUCUUAGAUAUUAUGAAAGAGUUCAAAUCACAAAGUAUAGAUACGCCCGGAGUUAUAACACGAGUGAGCCAUUUAUUCAAAGGACAUCCUGAACUUAUUGUUGGUUUCAACACAUUUCUUCCACCGGGAUAUAAAAUAGAAGUACAGGCAAAUGAACAAGGAUACGCGUUUCAAGUAUCGGUCAGUAUGCCGAGUCCUACAGCAACGCAUACUGCUACCUUGUCGCAACAUCAUUGCACAGUAAAUGUUGGUUCGCCUCCUGUUGCAAGUCCACCGACACAACCAGCUAAAGCGCCCCCAGUUUUGCAAAUAAUGCAAGGUUCUGGGAAUAUACAUCACUCGUUGGCAAACAAUAUUUCCAACAACAGUUUAACAGUACAUGCACCAUCACCACCACCGGUACAGACAUACAAUAAUUCACAUGUUAGCGCGGCACAAGCUCAGGCUGUGAGUCAAGCGUUAAGCCAAGCACAAGAUGGCAUACCAACUACCGGGCAAACUCAACAGAGUCAACCAGUUGAAUUUAACCAUGCAAUCAAUUAUGUUAAUAAAAUCAAGAAUCGAUUUCAAGGCCAACCAGACAAGUAUAAAAGAUUUUUAGAAAUUUUGCAUACUUAUCAGAAAGAACAGCGGAAUUUAAAAGAAUCUGGACAUAUGGGUGGCACAAGUGGGUCCGGUGCAACCGGCGGAGCAAAGCACUUAACAGAAGCAGAAGUUUACAGUCAAGUUGCAAAGUUGUUUGAAAAUCAAGAAGAUUUGCUUGCCGAGUUUGGACAAUUCUUGCCAGACGCCACUAAUCAACAGAGCUCACUGUCUGUUAUGUUUCAGAGUAACAAGACUGCUACAGUUAACGAUCACACAACAAUCGUUAAAAAACCAUUGGGACCUAAGGCACCUUAUAAUAAUUCGGGAAACAUUUCGAGAGAACUGCGUGAGUCGAGUGGCACUGGUACAAUAGAACGUGAAAGUCGCGAUCACAGAGAUCGUGAACGAGAACGUGACAGAUCGGGCGUACGAGAUAUUAAUAGUGUGCAGAAAUUUGGCCACAAUACAGGACAAUUAAAAAGAAGUCCAUCGUUCACGCCUUCGGUAACAGCCGGAAACUCUCAUCACAUACAGCACGGCCCACCCCCGUUGAAGAAACAUAAAGUAUCCUCUAUGCGUGAAUGCGUUACUAUAGCAGAAGCUGGGAAAUACGGAAGUUUGAAUGACUAUGCUUUCUUCGACAAGGUUCGCAAAGCACUGAGGUCUCAGGAAGUGUAUGAAAAUUUUCUAAGGUGUUUGGUUCUUUUCAACCAGGAGAUAGUUUCCAAGUCUGAACUGGUACAGUUGAUAACGCCAUUUCUCGGUCGCUUUCCGGAGCUUUUACGCUGGUUUAAGGAUUUCUUGGGUCAUCUACCUGACUCUUCUACUACCGCUACAGCAAACACAGGGAGCAAUUUAAGUGUCGAAGCGCUACCAAAUAAUGUUGUACGGAGUCACCAAGAACGACCGCAAGGCGAUUUGGCCAUGGAAAUCGAUUAUACAGCGUGUAAACGUCUGGGAGCGUCAUAUUGCGCGUUACCAAAGUCAUAUGUUCAACCAAAGUGUACCGGAAGAACGCAGUUGUGUAAAGAAGUUCUUAAUGAUACAUGGGUUUCAUUUCCAACUUGGUCAGAAGACAGCACAUUCGUAACAUCGAGAAAAACUCAAUACGAAGAAUUCAUUUAUCGUUGCGAGGAUGAACGAUUCGAAUUGGAUGGUGUGAUAGAAACAAACGCGUCGACGAUUAGAGUUCUUGAAGGUGUCCACAAGAAAAUGAGUAGAAUGAGUCAAGAGGAAAUUCAGAAAUUCAAGCUUGACGAUUGUCUUGGUGGUUGUUCUCCUACAAUUCAUCAAAGGGCCCUGAAGAGGAUAUACGGCGAUAAAGCUGCCGAUAUCAUAGACGGUCUUAAGAAAAAUCCAGUGGUAGCGGUACCGGUGGUUCUUCGACGACUAAAGAGUAAAGAGGAAGAGUGGCGGGAGGCACAGAAAGGCUUUAAUAAAAUUUGGAGAGAACAAAACGAAAAGUACUACUUAAAAUCCCUUGAUCAUCAGGGUAUCAAUUUUAAGCAAAAUGACGUGAAAGCGCUAAGGUCUAAAAGUUUAUUUAACGAGAUUGAAACGUUAUAUGAUGAGAGACACGAACAAGUCGACGAUGGCAACGGGGACGGUCAAAACAAUAGCGGCCCACAUCUUGUAUUACCCUAUAAAGAUAAAUCUGUUUUAGAUGAUGCUGCUAACCUUCUUAUUCAUCACGUAAAACGUCAAACAGCUAUACACAAAGAAGACAAACAACGAAUAAAGCUUUUAUUGAAACAUUUUAUACCUGACCUUUUCUUUCAUCCACGCCAGGAACUUAGCGACGAUGAAAGGGACGAAGAUGAUGAAAAAGAAGACAUGAGUGUAGCAGCGUGUAGCAAUUCUCAAUCAGUAACAAUGAAUACCUCUCCGUUGGGUGGUGGUCUUCAAGCUAACAGGAAUAAAGCGCCGGUCUCUCCGAUUCCGUCUUCCACGUCGAUUAAAACCGAACCCGAUGUAAAAUUACCCAUCCAUGCCCUGUCGAACGAUCCUGAAGAAGCGUACACGCUUUUCAUGGGGAGUAACAAUUGGUACCUCUUUUUGAGGUUACAUCACAUUUUGUGUGAGAGGUUGACAAAAAUGUAUGAGAGGGCUGUCGCUCUCGCAGAAGAGGAAUCACGAUACAAGCAGCAACGCAAGGAGAGUACAGCCGUCGCUUUAAGAUUAAAACCUAAAAAUGAAAUCGAAAUUGAGGACUAUUAUCCCGCAUUCUUGGAUAUGGUUAAAAAUGUCCUAGACGGUAAUAUGGAGAGCACCGCAUAUGAAGACACCUUGCGAGAAAUGUUCGGUAUUCACGCAUAUAUUGCCUUCACGUUGGACAAGGUUGUAACGUAUGCUGUAAGACAAUUGCAGCAUUUGGUUUCGGAUCCUAUAUGCCAGCAGUGUAUGGAACUGUUUCAACGGGAGCAGCGUCAACCAAAAGAAAAUAGUGGUGCCGGUGGUUUGUGUGCUACUGCGUACAUGAGACUUGGUGCAGAAAUGGCGUAUCAACGUAAAGCUGAGAAAGCCAUGGCGGAUGAAAACUGCUUUAAAAUAUACAUAUACAAAAAGGACUGCAAAAUGACAAUGGAAUUAUUGGAUACAGAGGGUGAUGAGGCGAUGGACAACAGUUGUAGGGAAAGAGAAAGGGAAGGAGUUACAGUGUCUGAAAAAUGGUCUACAUAUGUUGAGAGGUUUUCUGCUCCAGCUGGACAGACUAGCCCGAAAGACACCCCUACCUUAACAGACAAUGAGCCAACAACCAAUCAUCCUGUGAGUAACGACCAGGCAGCAAGGGGGGGGAGGGGCAGAAAGCGCAAGAACACUGACAUUAGCAAGAAGAUGGAUGGAAAUGGUUGGAGUUCUUUAGGCAGAAUCUUGGCAGGACGUAAACCCGUAUUUCUGUAUCGUAAUGUUAGACAGUGGAGGAAGAAAGCUACAAGAAUGAUGUCAGCAACCAUACCUAAUGCUAAUCAUCCUGAGAAAGGAGCAGAAUCAACCGACAAAGACAAAGCACUGGACCCUGUAGAUGCACUUCUAAAACGACCUCCUGGUUUAAGAUUAGCAGACUCCGGUGAUACAUCUGAUAUCAUCAAUUCCGAUGAAACACAAUGCAGAUUUAAUCCUAACAGUUACCAAAUGCUUUAUGUUGCUAGUAAGGAAGCAUUCCUUUAUAAACAAAAUUCAUUCAGCCGUGCCAGAGAGUGUCAUCCAGCUGUGACGAAACGUUUGAACUCAAAGUUCCAUCAAUGGCAUGCGUCUUGGGCGUCCAAAAACGUGGCGGACAUUCAGCAUCGGUUAUGUCAGGAUUGGUUAAUGGGACGUUACGAAAACUUAAUCCCUCAUAAGACACGAGUGAUCACGGAUAAUGACCAAACUAGAUCACCUUACCGACAAUACAAUCGUUAUCGUGUAGAACGCUUGCAAUCCGACCUUUUAACGGAACCAUGUGUAUAAUCUUACAUCUCUUAUAAUUUCUUUACUAUUCUUUGAGAAUAUAUAAUUAUUACCGAGAGCUCAUUUCGAUAAUCUCGUAUUCGCGGAUACUUUCUGUUGAUAAUUAGUUAAGAGAGGUCUAUUACGAUUUGAGGGCAAAAUGAAGACUGAUUCUCGAUCUACGUUUCGCGCAUGAACUACUAAGAAUAAGAACGUCUUAUUUUGUCAAUGAAGUUCAUCGUGAGCGGAGAAGGUAUAGAAAUGGUCGUUAAGAAACAAGGAACGAGGAGUAUGAGAAAUCGUCUAUAUAUUGUGUACUACACUCAUUGCAUUCGAAUUAUACAAAAUUUGGUUCGUUUACUGUACAGGUAUGAUUAAUAAGAUGCAAAUGGAAAUAUCGCUGAUUCCUUAAAUUGUUAUUUAUCUAAUACGGUUUGAAAAGUUUUUUGAAUGUAAGAUAUUAAAUUGAUGAAUUGAACGGAACAUGAUUGAAAUGGGCGAUGUUUCCAAAUGUAUUACGGACAAGCUUGUGAUCAGGUAAUGUAAGAUAUUUAAACGUAAUGUUCUUUUCCGCGAUAAUUAUUUUUCCAUCACGUUAGAUAGAGAUUCUUCAAGUAGGGUUUUAUAUAAGAGAGUAAAGUUAAAAUAAAACUUUUGAUACUUUAAUCUUAAACGAUUUAGGAAAACUAUUCUAUCUUAAUAUAACGGUCGUUUGUAAGUGCAUUGCAGAUUCAGCCAAUUUUAUUUCAUUCAGUAUUGUAUUUUUAUAGACUUAUAUGAUCAUCAUCGAAAUAUUACAUAACGUAUAACACUUGAACGUAUUCAAACUCAGGCAUGUCCUAUGUUUUAUUAUUGCAGGUAUGUCCUCUUAUUUAUAGAUAACUGUGGCAGUAAUAAAUUAAACGUUUAAUAGAAUGGAUCAAUAUAAAUUGGCUAAAACUGUUUCUUUAACUGAUCAAAGGUCUUCAGAAGUCCUUUCGAGUAGCAUCGAUACAAUAGAUUUCGUUGAUGUUUUUUAAUUUUGGAAACUAUUAUACGAAAUACUUUAUAUAUAUAUAUAAAAAAACAAACUUUAUAUAUAUAUAUAUAUGUAAAAUAUUUUCUGUUCAAAGUUUUUAAUAACUUAUUUCUCUUAUUUUCUUACGGAUGAUAUGAUUACGAUUCGAAGCCUCUCUUCUCUUCUAAACUUCAUUAUACAUAAAUGGUAUGUAUAAAUACAUGCUUGUAUGUAUGUAAGUGCUUGUAUGUAUGGGUGUACGAUAAUUGAGUGCAUAUGUAUAUAUACACAUAUGAACUGGGAUAAACAUUAGGCCUUAUUUUUUACCUGAUCUUUAGGCUAUUUGGUAAAAAAAUUGUAAAAUGAAUAUUAUAGUAGUGUUCCUGUACAGUGCAAAGGUGAUGACAUUAAAGUGCGAUGAUAAUUGACAAAAGUAUUGAUUCACCACGCACGAGGUACAUGGCUCGAGUUGUAAUUUUAUGUUAUUCUUAUUAUCUUAAGUAUAUAUUUUUUACUGACUCACUUUUAAUUGUAUAUCGCUAUAAAAGAUAUAUAUAUAUAUAUCUAUAUAUCUAUAUUUACAUAUACAUAUAUAUAUACACACGAACCUGGCAAAAAUUCAAUUUUUUAUAUUGUCGAUAUUUUCAAUGUUAAAUUCUCUGUUUGUGAAACUACUGUAAAAAAAUGAAGUAACUGAACAGAAGUUCGUGCGUGGUAAUAAAAGAAAAUAAUUCCCGUGUAAUAUUCAGACUGGAAGCAGUUGCUACAUCCGAAAACACCAAACAAUUUCGUUUCAUUAAAUCUGUCGACAUCCAAGAUAUUCAGACAAAGUAAGGUAUGAAAUAAUAUUGCCGGAUAACAAUGUAUGCAUAAAGCGGUUAAAUACAUUCUUAUCCUAAUAAUAUAGAUUUCGUUGAAGUCUUGGCGUCUCCGUUUCUGCGUAUAAUUUUGAAAAAGAUGCUGUUACACAUACACAUUUUUACACGCACAUAAGUACACUGUGCCGCUCAGUUAUGCAAUAUACUGUAGUUGUACAUUAACAUGUGUAUCUUAUCAAAAGCCGAAGAAAGAAAGGAGAGACGCGGUCUUCCGAUGCUCGACUAUUUGUGACUAUUAAUAAUAGUGUAUUUUACGAAGAAAUUGCUAAUUUUAAAAGUGUAUGUCCGUGUAUCAAAAGUGAAUGUACAGGCAAUUUUAUUACUCGAGAUAAUAAUUUAAUGUUGAUAUAUUUUGCACAAAUCAUUAUUAAUAUUAAUAAACCAUUAAUAUUACGGUUGUUCUAUUUUAUUGAUUUUGCGUUUUCAGGUCACAGUAAACGACUGAUUGAGGUAGGUGAAUGGUUGAUGGAACAAGGAACGAAGACACAGAGAAUACAACAAUGUUUUCUGCAACAUCACUUACUUUUAUUAAAAAUGAUAACAUCGAUAAUCGUUGUACAACUAUAGAUAAUUUACCCUUCCUGUGUAUUAAAUAUUAAGUGAAAUACUGCAUACGAAUACAUUGCCUGUACUAUUUUCUACACGCUUCCUUAAAACCUCGAUAGCAUUUAGAAUCUUAUUAAUUGUUCAAAUUAUUUAUAGUAGAAAUCAAGUGCAAUUUUCAAGAUGUUAGUGUUACACAUUUUUAAAAAGUAGAAAUUAUUUCAAUUAGUAAAAUAUAUGAAAGAGAAAAUGCAAAAACAAAAAUUAUGAAUAUAAACUACGUUUGUUUGGUAAUGCAGAUCAUAACAAUCAAAACUGCAAACGUGUAGAAAAACGUUUCUAUAUAAUCACUUUCCUAUUUUACGGUUUCAUGUAUAUCUAAUGUAAUGCAAUUGGAAAAUUUUUAAAUCAUAAAACAUUUUAUAAUUAUUGAAAAGCAAUUGCAAAACGGUGUAGUAUAUCAUUGAAACGUAAAACAUUCGACUAAAUAUUAACUGGAGUAGGGACCUCUUUGGCCUUUGAAUAAAAAUUGUAGUAUGAUGUUAUGUAAUGAGUGAAUGAUAUAGGUACAUUACUAUUGCUUUCAAGACGUUAUAAAUAAUCGAUUAUGCUUCGAAAGAAUUUCCUCCGUUAAGUACAAAAUUGUGGAUUGUGCCUUAUCAAAAUACUGUAACUAACUUUGCUACGUUUACACCAUCUUGAGUAAUUCUAAGGUGUAUAUUAACUUAAGGUAAUUAAUUGUCAUUCAAGAAUGAACUUCGACGACAAGGAUCGUUAUUUUUAAUCCAAGUUUUCAGAUUCGAAUGUUAUUCGGCGUAUUUGCGUCGAAGUUCAUUUGCUAUCGAUUAUAGAAAUCGUUCUUCGACAAGUGUUUUUGAAAAUCGAAUUAGACAGUCAUCGUGUAUCAUGUAAGUGAACGAUGCGUGGGUAUUUGCAGAAAUUAAAUUUCGCGAUAAUUAUACUUUUCUAAAGAUACGAGUGGUGCGUAUUUCUGUCAGGAAUUUAAAA